AUGAUAACUGAAUACACUUUUAUCCAUAGAGGGAAUCAAACUUCAAGUGAUUUCAUACUCUUGGGGCUGUUACCUCCAAAUCGAACUGGCCUACUUCUCAUGAUCCUUUUCAUUUUUUUGUUCUUUGUUGCCUUUUUUGGUAACUCAGGAAUGAUCUAUCUCAUAUGUGUGGAUCCCCGGCUCCAUACCCCCAUGUAUUUUCUCCUCAGCCAGCUCUCCUUCAUGGACCUGAUGUACAUCUCUAACACUGUCCCCAAGAUGGCGUUCAAUUUCCUCUCUGGCCAGAAAAGAAUCUCUUUUGUGGGGUGUGGAGUACAAAGCUUCUUUUUUGUGACAAUAGCAUGCUCCGAAGGCUUGCUGCUGGCCUCCAUGGCCUAUGACCGUUUUGUGGCCAUCUGCCACCCCCUCCACUACCCCAUCCGCAUGAGUAAAAGGAUGUGUGUGAAGAUGAUCAUAGGAUGUUGGACCUUGGGCUCUGUUCACUCCUUGGCACAUAUAAUCUAUGCCUUUCACAUUCCUUACUGUAAGUCUAGGGCCAUUAACCAUUUCCUGUGUGAAGUCCCAUCCAUGUUACCACUGGCCUGUAUGGACACCAGGGUCUAUGAAUAUGUAAUUUUUAUGAGUACCUGCCUAUUUCUCCUCUUUCCUUUCCUUGGUAUCUCUGCUUCCUAUGGUCGGGUCCUUUUUGCUGUCUCCCAAAUGCGCUCAAAAGAGGGAAGAAAAAAGGCUUUCACAACGUGUUCAACACAUUUAACUGUAGUGACAUUUUAUUAUGCACCAUUUGUUUAUACCUACUUCCAGCCAUCUAAACUCCGUUCCCCUGAAGAGGAUAAGAUUCUGGCUGUAUUCUACACGAUCCUCACCCCCAUGCUCAACCCAAUUAUCUACAGCCUGAGAAAUAAGGAAGUUCUGAGAGCCAUGUCAAGAGUCCUUGGUAUGAUUUCUUCUAUGAAAAAAAGAUAA